GUAAAGCGUAAGAGGUUUUGUUUUGUUUUGUUUUAAGAUUUUAUUCACUUAUUCAUGAGAGACAGAGAGAGAGAGAGAGAGAGAGAGAGGGGCAAAGACACAGGCAGAGGGAGAAGCAGGCUCCAUGCAGGGAGCCGGAGGCGGGACUAGAUCCCCAGGCCUCCAGAUCAGGCCCUGGGCCGAAGGCUGAGCCACUGAGGCUGCCCAAGAGGUUAUUUUUGGGGCCUGGAAAUGCUCAAAAAAUUUUUCCAUAUAAAUUAAUGGUAAUUGCGGGAUGCCUGGGUGGGUCAGCGGUUGAGCUUCUUUCUGCCUUCCACUCAGGAUGUGAUCCCAGGGUCUGGGAUCAAAUCCCACAUCGGACUCCUUGAGGGGAGACGGCUUCUCCCUCUGCCUAAGUCUUUGCCUCUCUCUGUGUGUCUUUUAUGAAUAAAUAAGUAAAGUUCUUUUAAAAAUUAAUAAUUGCUUCUUUGCUUUACACCAUUUCAGCUUAUGAAACGUUUCAUAGAAAUGCUCUACUUUGGGAGAGCAGAGGAAACCUGUAUCCAUACAGUGGAAUAUUAGUCAAACAUACAAAGGAGUAAAGUACUGAUAAAUGCUAUAUCAAUGAACACUGAAAACUCUUUGCUGUCAGGAACCAUACAAGAAAGGCCACAUAUUGUAUGAUUCCAUUUAUGUGAAGUAUCCAGUAAGUAAAUCCACAGAGAUAGAAAGAUUCGUAAUUGCCAAGGGAUGGAGGAAGGGAGAAUGGGGGGCAUGGGUCUUCCAAGGAUAAGGGAUUUCUUUUAGGGGUGAUGAAAGUAGUGAUGAUGGUUGCAUAUUGUUAAUGUCCUACAUGCCACUACUGUAAGGUCUAAAAUGGUUAAUUUUUGUUACAUGUAUUUUACCACAGUAAAAAAUUGUGUAAUAACUGGAAAGUGUACACAACGAAACAUGCAGAGACCAUCAGUGCUCUGUAUUUUGUUUUGGGUGAUAGUUAACAUCAUUGUAUGCAUUUGUCAAAACAGCGAAUUUUACACUUAAAAGCUGUGCAUUUUACUAUACGUACGAUAUAAUUCAAAUACAUAGAGUUCGGGAACCCUGGGUGGCGCAGCGGUUUGGCGCCUGCCUUUGGCCCAGGGCGCGAUCCUGGAGACCCGGGAUCCAGUCCCAUGUCGGGCUCCCGGUGCAUGGAGCCUGCUUCUCCCUCUGCCUAUGUCUCUGCCUCUUUCUCUCUGUGUGUGACUAUCAUAAAUAAAUAAAAAUUUUAAAAAAUUCUUUAAAAAAAAAAAACAAAUACAUAGAGUUCAAAGUGGUCUCUAGGGAACAUAGUCAAAGGGUACAGGGGGCUGCCUUUUUCAUGAUAAACCUUGAUAUUAUUUUUUUAAGCCAUGCAUAUUACUUUGCAGAAAAUUAAAAUGUAAUUUAAAGUUUCCUCACUCCGAUUCCAACCUCACCAAGCAAAGGUCCUCCCGCUAAGCUCCAAUCCAGAGAGUGAGGGAACCGUCCCGCGGGUGCAGAGUCGGGCACGUUCCUCAGCCGAGAUCCCAGCGGUAGACGUGUACCUGGUGUCCUUUUUUUUUUUUUUUUAAGAUUUUAUUUACUUAUUCAUGAGAGACAGAGAGGCAGAGGGAGAAGCAGGCUCCAUGCAGGGAGCCCGACAUGGGACUCGAUCCCCGGACCCCAGGAUCACGCCCCGGGCCGAAGGCAGGCGCCAAACCGCCGAGCCACCCAGGGAUCCUCUGUACCUGAUUUCUAUCUCGGCCGUCCCCAGGGUUCGGCCAGGGUAUGUGUAUCUCCUGCAGGAGCUAGGAACCCGAUUCCAGAUGCUGCGGUCGAGAGGCACAGGGGGAGACCGCAGAGGGAACAACCCCGAGUUCUAAGGAUGCCGAGGAUCGGUUCCAGGUGACGGAGGGGCGCUUUCCAACGACCAGCCAACCGGGGGCCGGCGGCGCAGCCUCUUCCUGCUCUGUGAGCCAAUCAGCGGCCGCCGGGAAGUGCGGGCAAAGAGCGGUGCUGGAAGCCACCGCCCACCCAUCUGUCUCGAAGGCAGGCCGGCUCCGCCCCCCGGCCCACUUCUCCCAAUUCCGUCUCUGCCUCGCCUAAAAGCCCCACCUGCGGCGGCCAUUGUGGUUCAGGGCAAGUGGCCGCUGAGGCCAGAGAAGCCAGACAGGCGCCAUGUUUGAUAUGAUCAAGGAAUGGCGCCCUUAAGAGCAUCCAGUGACAACUGAGGCCAGGAUGUCGCCAUAUUUUCUGAAGACACCUUCCGGGUCCCUUAACCCGCUAAGUCCAAGCUGCCAUGAAGUGAAUAAACACCGAGGGGUUUUCUUUAUCCCCGUCACAACCCCCGAAUCCCUAGCAGCCGUCCCUGCUAUCUCGGUGCUCUCGACUGCGUUCGGACGCCAAGGCUGGGCGGGGCCCCGACCUCCGGAGCCCUUCUUGUGGACGACGAAAGCUGAGGCCGCGCGCCGGGAGGCGGUGGCCUAGGGGCCAAGGCGGCAGCCGCUCGGGGCCAGGAGGCCCCAUGGCGCCGCCCCCAGCCCCGCUCCUGGCGCUGAGACCGGGGGAGACCGGGCCUGGUCACAAGAAGCCCGGGGCCGUGAGCUUCGCGGACGUGGCCGUGUACUUCUCCCCGGAGGAGUGGGGGUGCCUGCGGCCCGCGCAGAGGGCCCUGUACCGGGACGUGAUGCGGGAGACCUACGGCCACCUGGGCGCGCUCGGAUUCCCAGGCCCCAAACCAGCCCUCAUCUCUUGGAUGGAACAGGAGAGUGAGGCUUGGAGCCCCGCCGCCCAGGAUCCUGAGGAGGGGGAGAGCCUGGGAGGAGCUCUGAGAGGAGACACCCCAAACAAGGAAGAGGCACCAGAGGAAGGGCCAGGAGCCAAGGGACCCAGAAAGAUUCCUGGGAAGGAGCCUUUUAAGGAGCUGGUUAAACACAACCCUGACCGGACCAUCAGAAAAGUUUCAGCAAGAGCACAGCCACCCACGAACGCUACCUGGAACCAGAGCACAGGUGCGCAGCCCUCAGUGCCCAGCAUGGACACUCAGGAGAGCCAGCGGCGACACGUGUGUGCAGACUGUGGCCGCCGCUUCACCUACCCCUCACUGCUGGUCAGCCACCGACGGAUGCACUCAGGGGAGCGACCAUUCCCCUGCCCAGAGUGUGGCAUGCGCUUCAAGAGGAAGUUUGCCGUGGAAGCACACCAGUGGAUCCACCGCUCCUGCUCAGGGGGGCGACGGGGCCGCAGGCCGGGGAUCCGGGCUGUGCCUCGGGCUCCGGUGAGGGGUGACCGGGACCCCCCUGUGCUGUUCCGACACUACCCGGACAUCUUUGAGGAGUGCGGCUCUGUAUCCCCUCCGCUUGCGGCCCCGCGUCCCUGGGCACCCUGGUGGGCCUUCGAGGGGCCGGCUGCUGCCUCGCAGCCCGCCGCACCGCGCCCCGGCCCGGGGCAGUCCUCCGGCGUGGGAGGCCCCGCGGGCCCUAGCCCGGCGCUGGCCAUGGCGCCGCCUCCGGCCCGGCUCCCCGCGUGGGAACCGGAUGGGCCCGGGCGUGAGCGGAGGAGGCCGGGCGCCGUGAGCUUCGCGGACGUGGCCGUGUACUUCUCCCCGGAGGAGUGGGGCUGCCUGCGGCCCGCGCAGAGGGCCCUGUACCGGGACGUGAUGCGGGAGACCUACGGCCACCUGGGCGCGCUCGGGUUCCGAGGCACCAAGCCCGCUCUCAUCUCCUGGGUGGAGGAAGAGGCCGACCUGUGGGGCCCGGAUGCCCGGGAUCCGGAGAUGGGAGAGUGUGUGACAGAAACAGACGCAGAUUCCAGAAACAAGGAAGAGAAAAGACAAAGAGAGGGGACCGAGGCCCUGGAGAGGAGCCCUUCUGUGGAAGCUCGGCCUUCUGGGCUGACAGUUCUGUCACACCCUUCUGUCGGGCUCCCUUAUAGCUUGGAGCAGCCGUCCAAGGCAACUCGCCGUGGUCGCCCUCCACUCUGUGCCCAUCCCCCUGUCCCAAGAGCAGACCAGCGUCAUGGUUGCUACAUGUGCGGGAAGAGUUUUGCCUGGCGCUCCACCCUGGUGGAGCACCUGUACACCCACACGGGAGAGAAGCCCUUCUGUUGCCCUGACUGUGGCAAGGGCUUCAGCCAGGCCUCCUCUCUGAGCAAGCACCGAGCCAUCCACCGUGGGGACCGGCCCCACCGCUGCCUGGACUGUGGCCGGGCCUUCACCCAGCGCUCUGCCCUCACUACUCACCUGCGGGUCCACACGGGCGAGAAGCCCUACUGCUGUGCUGACUGUGGCCGCUGCUUUAGCCAGAGCUCUGCCCUCUACCAGCACCAGCGCGUCCACAGUGGCGAGACUCCCUUCCCCUGCCCAGACUGUGGUCGUGCCUUUGCCCAUGCGUCAGACCUUCGGCGCCAUGUACGCACCCAUACGGGCGAGAAACCCUACCCGUGCCCAGACUGUGGGCGCUGUUUCCGGCAGAGCUCUGAAAUGGCAGCCCAUCGUCGUACCCACAGUGGUGAACGCCCCUACCCAUGUCCUCAGUGUGGCAGGUGCUUUGGCCAGAAAUCAGCCAUGGCCAAGCACCAGUGGGUCCAUCGGCCUGGUGCCGGGGGGCACAGGGACCAGGGUGCCAGUGGGCUGCCUGUGCCUCUGGCCCCUGGCCAAGGGGACCUGGACCCACCUGUGGGUUUCCAGCACUACCCAGAAAUAUUCCAGGAGUGUGGGUGAUGGUCUCAGAGAUGUCAAGGCAAAGGGUGAAGAUCUAAACCUCGUCUGAGGCCCAGGGUGGGCUCUGGGGCCUGAACCUCUGUGGCAGCUCCAGGGAGGUCGCAGAAUUCCAGGCAAGAGGUGGACCUGGGGGAUGAGGACCAUCUUAUCUUAGGCCUUCACAAGCCUGAUCUGCUGACACCUUGCUCCCUACUGUCCAGACUCUAGAAGCCCCCUCUGCUCCAUUAGGGCUGAGGUAAGCACCUAGAUAAGACCUCCACUGUGGGGAAGAGAAGGCUGUUAAGAGACGUGUUAAGAGAAUUGAGAUAGGGAACUUUGUUGUAUCCAUUGUCUUCACUGCAGGAGUUAAAAACUGAUGGCCAUGUACUGAAUCUGGCUUGUAAUAACUGUUUACAAAUUAUUUUUGGCCAACCAGCAUUUUAAAAAUGUUACAAAUUAUGGUUAAGACUUAAAAGGAUAUUUUACACAAAAAUCCAGGUUUCUGGCCUCUUUUGAAAAAUUCAAAGAUUUGGUAACUCGACCUGAGCUCCUACAGAACCACAGUUGGCAGGAGCUGCAGGGCAGCUGUUCAUCAUGCUCAACACCCCUUCCUGGCUUCUGACCAGCAUCAGCUGGCCAUCGUCAUCACUUGUCCAUGUCCCUGGUAUAGCAGACUCUCUCCAUCUGGCACUUUCCCCUUGUUUUCAUGCCCCAUUGGGCUCCUGUAGCUGUUCAAGUUUGCAAACUGGUGUAUAGCAGUCAUGUUUUCCUGAACCAGGGAUUCAGGUAGACAGCACCUAUGUGAAAGGGUGGCAGGAAAGAAGUAAAAGCAGGCUUUAUUUCAGAUGUUUACUUGUAUCACGUUUUCUGGUUUACAAAGUAAUGUCUUGUUCAUCAACUCAUUUUGCCCUCAUAACUGUCUGAGGAAGGAAUCAUGUAGCCCCGGUAGCGCAGCGGUUUAGCGCCGCCUGCAGCCCAGGGUGUGAUCCUGGAGACCCAGGAUCGAGUGCCAUGUCAGGCUUCCUGCACGGAGCCUGCUUCUCCCUCUGCCUCUCUCUGCCUCUCUCUUGCUCUCUCUGAAUAAAUAAAUAAACCUUUAAAAAAAAUAAAAAAGGAAUCAUGUAGCUUGAAGAGGACAGCCCAGUGAGGAAGAGGCUGCCAGGACUGUUCUUGGCCCAAACUGAGAGGUAUCUUUGCCAUGCCACAGUAGGCUCUCCACUGACUGGCACUUCCUGGUUUUGAAGAUGAAGGCUCUGAGUCUUCCAGUCCUUGGGCCUCCCUGGGAGACCCUUACCGUUGGGCCUUAGCUAGCCUCUACCCAGCCAGAAGGCCCUCAUCACAUUUUUGAAUUGGAAGAGAUCUUACCUUUCUAUCUUUUUGCAUUUGGGGACUCUGAGACUGGGGAAAGCCAAAUGACCUGUCCAAGGUCACACACAGAGAGACUCCAGGGUUCUUGGUUUACUGCCGUCUUUGUCACACCACUCCUGAGUUCCUUGCCAGUGUCUCAGUCAGGGUUCUGGAGGCAUCUGCUCCCUCCCUACAACGACUCCCAGGCAGUGGACCUAGCCUAGGGACGAGCAACCCAGUGUCAGUGAAGCCCAGUCACAAGAUGAGUGACAAAACAGCCAAAUAGCAAAGCAAGGAAAGGGAGAAACCAGCCUGAGGUGAGAGUUCCAGGGCAAACAAGAAAAGCUUGCUUCUCUGUUGAAGUGUCUCAUCAUGAACAAAGAGGGACAAGGCCAGGAACAUUUGGGGUUAGUAGCCAAGGGAACUACUCAAGUGUAUUCCCAAGCUGUGUUACUUGUGACUCCAUUAUUCAUCUACCAGUUCUGCUGUGGUCAGAGUCCAGCCUUGUUCAGGUAAUGAAGCAGCUAGCCAUGAGCAGACCCGUUGAUGCCUCCUUCACCUUCACUUCAAGGAGUAAUAGCAGGGCCUUAUGUCUUCUGCUGGCCUGCGUGUACCUGCCUUCUUCAUCCAACUCUGCCCCAUGUCUUGUCCGGCCUACCUUAGGAAGAAACCAGAUUUGUCAACCUAGAGAAACUUCUAAAGAAGUAGAAACUUUUGGGAAAGGACACUGUUGAGGUGAAAUAAUCAACUGAAUUGAAAUCAAUUUAAUUUUCAAAUCUGACUUCACCAAGACCUGGCUUACCCUAAACUUUACUGGGAGGAUUGGUUCAUGUAUCAUCUUGUCACAAGGGGGAGGUAGAGUGAAAAGAGGUACCUUGGCAGCAGGAGCUACUUUUGUACCAGCUUUUAAUUCCCUAAAGAAGCCAGUGUACAACCCUUCCCUCGCCUCACCCUGAGCAGAGCCUGGGGAAAGCUCAGCCUGCAACACCAGUUGUCAGCUCAAGAUUCAAAGCCAGAUCUGGACCCUUCUCUCAGCUUGCCAAUUAAAGGAGAAUGGAAGAUGCCAUCUUUCCUCCUAAACCAGUUUCUUCCCUUCAUUUGUCUGAGAAGGCAACAAGAU